AUGGACAGGGCAGAAUCGGGAGGCGCGGAAGGGGACGACGACGUGGGCAGUCCGGGGAGGGCGGAGGAGCCGACAGCGGUGGAGGCGGGGAAGCGGUGGGAGCGCAUGGGGGCGGAGAUGCGCAAGGCGGUGGCGCAGCUGGACAAGGCGGAGCCCGCCGCCGUGAUCGACGGGCUGCAGCGCCUGCACGCGCGCAUCGUGAAGCACGGCGCGCGGGCCGUCGACGCGUACGUGCGCGUGUCGCCGCCGGACUGGCUGCAGCUGCUCCGCCUGUGGGACGCCUGCCACCGCCGCGGCGCCUCGCACCAGUGUCCCUCUCUCCUUCCUCCUCGCGUCCCCCGUCGCGCCCGUGCGCAGAUGGCCGUGCCGCUGAUGGCGGUGCUGGCGGACAUCCUCGCCCUCGCCGCGCACACGCCGCGCCCUCUCCCCCACACACCCGCGCGCGCCCCUCCCUCCGUCCCUCCGCCCGUGCUGGGCGCGCCUCUGUCCCUCCCCCGCCGCAUAGAGGCGCUGGCGCGCGCCCUGCUGCCGCGGUGCUGCAGGAAGGGCGGCCUCUACGCGCACCUCUCCUCCCCUUCCCACGUGCACGCCACCUCCGCCCUGCGCCUGCUGCUCGCGCUCUCCCUCAUCUCCCCUGCCCUCACGCGCUACCUCCUCCUCUCCUUCGACUUCUCCCUCCCCGCCCUCCCCGCCCUCACCCAGCCCCCCGCGCCCUCCCAGGCGCCGGGCAGCGGGGGGAGAGGGAGAGGCGAGAGAGGGAAGCAUGUGGGCGCACAAGGGGGGGCAGCAGGCGCCGUGUUCUGGUCUGGCACACCAGCGGUGGUCGUGGGGGGCGAGCAGGGGGAGCAGGCGGAGCAGGCGGAGCAGGGGGAGCAGGGGGAGGAGGGGGAGGAGGGGGUCGAGGGGGCGGUAGGGGUAUUGAUGGGCAAGCAAGGGGCGGGGGCGUGCGCGGACGUGGGGGAGGUGCCAGCGCGCGUGCUGAUGGCGGAGUGGGUGGUGGCGUGCCUGGCUGUGGCGGACGCCGCCACUCUCACCCACGCCAUCGUGGCGCACAGACACAACCUGGCCGGCAUUCUCUGGCGCCUAGCGGGCGACCACCCCGUGACAGCUGGCAAGGUGUUGUGGGUGCUGCAGACGCGGGUCAUGGCGGCCAGUAGCAAUGUGCCACGCGGCCUGCAGGGAGCUCUGUUCGGGGAUAGUGCGCUGGAGCAGAUGGCGCGUGUGGCGGGAAGGGAGGAGGGGGGUGGUGCGGGGGCGGUGGCAGCAGGGAUGGCGCUGCAGGUGCUCCUGGCCGUGUGCAUGCACCCCCGCCAUGGCGUGCUCGUGGGGGGGGGUUGGGGGGGCGCGCUGCAGGGGAGACCACAGGAGGGGAUGGAUGAAGGGGAGGAGGGGGAGGAAAUUGUGGAGGAAGGGAUGGGAGGAGGGGGCAAGGAAGGGCAGGGGGGAGCGGCGGACACGGAGGGUGCUGGAGGGGUGUCGGAGGGGGAGUCGGGCAAGGGCGGAUCGGCCUCCGCCGCUGCUGAUUCCCAAGCCUCCUCUCAUUGGUCGGCCGGCAUGGAUCGUCUCAUUCGCCUCGCGCGUGGGCUGCAUGUGCUGCAGUGUGCGGCGCACCGCUCGCUGCUGCUGGCCAUGGCCCAGGCGUGUCCCCCUCUGGCUGCCGCCUACCUGCAGCGCCCUCCCUUCUCCCUGCACCCCACGCCGCACGCCCACUGGUACGACGCUGCCAUGUGCCUUGCUUCACUCCAAACACCUUCUUGCACUGAUCGUUGUUUCCACUUCUCAUCUGCUUCCUCUCAUCUUCUUCCUUCUCCUCGCCCCUCUUCUCUCUCAAUCUCCAUCAUCCCGUUAUCCAAAUCGCCUUGUCAAAUGCCCCCUCCACUGCUCGCCCCACACCCGCCCAUGCCGCACCCCCCCUCCCCCAGGUUCGCGGGCAUGGCCCUGGUGAGCCGCCUCGUGCGCGUCUGCGCCACAAUGCCCCUCCUCUCCGCCUCCGCGCCCUUCUCCCUGCGCCUCCCCUCGCCCAACGUCUCCCCCCUCCUAGCCCGCAUGCUCCCCCCGUGCCUGCCGCGCCCCGCCCUCACGCGCGCCCUGCUGAACCGCUCGCCCCGUGUGCGCCUGCUGGCGCUCUGCACGCUGCUCGACUGCCUCUCCGCCACCCUGCCCCUCCUCGCCCUCGCGCUCCCCCUCGCCGCCACGCACGCCGGCGCGGGUGCAGCGGGAGAAGCAGGUGAGGCAGGCGAGGGAGGGUUGUGGUGGGCGAGAGGGAAUGAGGGUGGGGAUGGGGGGGAGAGGAGGAGCGAGGGGAAUGUGCAGGCGGUGGAGGAGCGGCAAGUGGCGGGCAGGUAUUGGAGCGCGGUGGUGGCGGGGGUGCGGCUGCACGUGGUGGGCGCCGUGCCCGACGUGCAGAUCGUGCUGGGCGUGCUGGCUGCCUCCCAGCCCAGCAGCGGCGCGGGGGGCGUGGAUGAGGGCGGACACAUGGCCUCGCGAGGGGGGGCAGUGUGUGGGGUGAGGCGAGCAGGGGGCGCAGGGGAGGGCGGCAGGCGGAAGAGAGGGCGGGGUGCAGCAGGUGAGUGGCAGGUGAUGGAGGAAGGGGGGGGUGAGGGGGAGGAGGGGAAGGAGGAGGAGGGAGAGGGAGAGAUGGGAGAAGAAGAGGAAGAGGUGGAGGAAGUGGAGGGGGAGGAGGUGGGGAUGGAUGAUGAGAUAGAUGACGAGGAGGAGGGAGGGCGCUGGUCGGUUCGCCUGCUGUUGCACUGCAAGGCUCUGCGCCUCCUCGCUCUCUACCAGGUACUCCUCGCUCUCUACCAGGUACUCCUUGCUCUCUACCAGAGGGUGGUGCCGGCUGCCGUGGCUGCCUGCCACGUGGAUCCGCUGCGCUUCCUGCGCGCCGACCUGCCCUCGCUGCCCUCCCCCUUGCUGCGAGCCACUCUGCGCCUCCUCCUUGCCUUCUUCCCGCCGCCUUCUCAACACACCCUUGCAUUCCCCGGGGCUGGCACUGGAGGGGCGCACAGCACGCCGCCACUGCCUGCACCGGCCGAAGCGGCGCCCGCGGGGGGCGAGUUCCUCUGCACCUGCCCGCUGCACAACCAUCUGCUGCCGCUGCUGUUGCUGCGCCUCUCCCCGCCGCCCGCCGACCUCGCACCUGACGUUGACUGGCUCUGCACCGCUGCCAUGCUCUCCUCGCAUGCCUUCCGUGCCCGCCAAUCAGAGGCUGCCAUGUGGCUGCGCUUCCUGCCCACCAUGGCACCUGGCAGUGCUUGCAGCAGUGCGGCGGCAGCACGAGGGGUGGCGGCGUUUCUGGCGGAUGCCGUGGCGUGUGUGGCCCGCGCGCCUCUCAAGUACCUCCUCGCCCUUCCUGCCGCCUCACCACCCCCCGCCCAUGCAUCCCACUGCCCCUCCUGCCGUGCCCGGGGCCACACCCCCAUGGCCUCUUUGGGUCCCUUCCCUGCCUGCAUUCUCACCAACUGCCUCAAAGUGCUGCAUGCCACCUCCCCCUCCUCCUCCUCUUCCUCCUCCUCCUCCUCCUCAUCUCCGCCAGUGCAGCUUGCCAUCGCCACCUUCACCUGCAACGCCCUGACCCACCUCAUCUCCCUUCAGUCGGCCGCCUCGCUGCUUCCUGUGCCGCCUGAGGAGCAGCAGGGGGGGGGGAAGAGGCCGCACAGUGCGGCUGGGGCGGGUGCUCACAGAUGCGACGCCUGUGAUGCUGGUGGGCGCGCAGCAGUGGAGGCAGCAGUGGGGGCGGCAGAGGCGAGCCUGCAAGCGGAGCAAGCGAUGCACGCGCCUGUGCUGCUGGAAGCGAUUGUGCUGGCGCAGCAAGCACUGCAGCCUGCCGCCACCUGCCACCACCACCACAUGCCCCCCGCAGUGGCCUCUCCACUGCCUCUCUUCCUCCCCCCCAUGCCCUCUUCUCCCCACCCCUCCACGACUGCUCUCUCCCACCUCCUCCUCUCCUUGCCCUGCGCGCCUCUGCUCUCCCUGUGCGUGCCCGCCCUGCUCUCGCCUCUCAAGCUCCACCGCCGCCUCGCCUCCUGCCUUGCUGCGCUGCUCCUGGCCCGCCUGCGCCUGCUAUCGCCCCAUGUGCUGCAAGAGAGGGCCGCAGGGGCAAGCCACGCCCGCCCAGGCGAGGGAAUUCUGUGGGGGGAGAGGAGGGGGGAGGUGGGGAGGGCUGUUGUGUUUGAACUGGGGCGAGUACUAGGCGUGGGUAUGGGGGGGCCCCAGCAGGUGGGGGGGGCGGAAUGGAGGCGGCGGCAGCUAGGUGUGCGUGUGUGCAUGGCGGCACUGGAGGCCACCCUCAUGCCACCACCGCUGCCCUCGCCCUCCCACCCCAUGCACGCUGCCAGCGCAUGGAAUGGGGGGGGGGGCGAGCAGGGGCAGCAGGGCGGCGAGGAGGAUGGGAGUGCGUGUGAGUUCAUGGUGCAGGCAGCUGACGUCAUGUCACACCCUCUGCUCCUCGCAGCAUUCACAGGCCACCUCGAUGACGUCACCGCCUGGCCCUCUGCACACCUCUCCUCCCUCCUCACCUUCCUCCGCCUGUCCAUCUCGCGCCUCCUCCUCCGCCUCCUCUCCUUCUCCCAUGCCCUCUACCACUCUCUCCCCGACUCGCCUUCGCCCGCCCCCCCACCAGCCCAGGGCGCCCUUCUCCUGUGGCAGGCCUGCCAGCCAUUCCUCUGCGCCGCCCACCACUCCCUUGCUGCCUCCCUCGCGCCCUUCCUCCCUUACUCCCCGUCUCCCCCUGCGUGCCCCUCGCCUGUGCGCACUGCCUCGCAUGCGGUGGUGCUGGUGGCGCCAGGGAGGAACGCCGGGGGCGGGGUGGGCAGCAGAGCGCAGGAGCAGAGCAGGGUGUGGCGGCAGGUGGCAGGAGGGGCUCUGGGCGACUGGCACUUCGACUUUGACACCAGCUGUGUCACGUGGAGGGGGGAGGGAGAUGGCGGGGGAGGAGGGGAAGGGGCUGGGGAGGAGGCAGUGCAAGAGGAGGCGGCGCAAGGGGUGGCAGUGCCAGUGAGCGUAGUGGUGGCGCUGUGGCUCUCUCGUUUCAUUGCCCUGCCGUGCCACUCCUCCCCGUCUCCCCUUGUGCAGCCCGCCCCUCCCUGUGCCUCCGCUAUUCAGCCCGCUCUUGCCCCUUCCUGUCCGCACGUCACCCGUGUCCCCUCCUCGCCCCGCCUGGCCAGCCUGGCAGCAUGGGCGGGAUGGAUGGCAGCAGUGGUGCAGGGAAUGGCACACGGGCAGAUGGCAGAUGGGAGCAUGGUGAUUGGGGGUGGUGCAGCAGGGGGAGGUGAGAGGGAGAGUGUGAGGGGGGCAUGUGAGCACAUGGCGCUCACAAUUGCAUGUGUCACAUUUCAACACGCCAAGGCAGCUGUGGGCGAGGGGCAUGGUGGGUUGCCGUGGGUGGCCCCACAGCCACUGCCGCAGACACUGCAGCACAGCACUUCACGUGGGGGGGCGAACGUGUGUGCGCGUGGGGCGCUCACAGCGCUGGUGGAGGCGGCCCUGCACGCGCUGCUCACACGGGCCACACUCCUCGCAGAGCACACAGCUGUCGUGGCACUGGAAGCAGCGGUGCGCCUGCCCUGCCUGCACAUCUGGCCAAGCCCUGUGGCGUGCCACGCACCGUGCUCACACGUGCACGUGCACGUGGCGCGAGUGUGCCCCGCAGCCCUUGAGCGGCGCGUCAUUCACUCGUGCGUGCACCACCCCUCAUGGCGCCGUGGCAACCUGCUCUCGCUGCUCCUCGCUGCUCACGCACGCUCUGAGGGGCGCACAGGGAGCAGCAGGGUGGCGGGCGAGGUGGUGCAGGCUGUGGCUGAGUGGAUGGGUGGCGAGGAGAGGCAGUGGUUGGGCGCACGCUCAGCCAAGGGUGUGGGGGGCAGGGUGGAUGCAGGAGGUGGUGAGGGGCACUCGUGGUGGCAGGAUGGGGACAGGUGGAUACGCAUGCUCAUGCUGCUGCCUGCAGUGGUUGCUGCUGUGGGUGGGCAGUGGAAGGAGGGCGAGGGUGGAGGGGCAGCAGGUAUGAGUAUGGUGGCGUGCACGUACAGAGACAUGCUCCUCGCCCUGCUCCCUCCAUGCACCCCGCCCCAUACCGCCACAACCACCCCUCCCUGCCACCUUCCCCUCUCCCAUCUUCCUCCUCACAUCCUUCCCUCCUUGCUCUUGUAUGUCCCCGCUCUUCUCCACUCGCUGCUGCUCGCUCAUCCCCUCCCCCGCUUGCGCCUCGCCUCGCUCGUCCACGUGGUGGUGCCACACGAGCAGCAAGAGGGCGGAAUGCAGGGGGGAGGCAAGGCCGCACGUGGAAAAGGGAGGGGCAGUGGGAAGGGCAGGGGGGAGGCGGAGGAGGGUAGAGGGGGGGUGGUUGGAGGUGGGGGGUGGCGUGUGCAGGGGGGCUGUGUGGCGGCUGCCACGCUGCUGCAGGUGGCACUGGCGCCCCGGCUGGCCUGCACCGGCCCUAUGCCCACGGCGCCCUUCAGGACUGCUAGCACUGGUAGCGCUGGCGGUGUUGGCGCUGGCAGGUGCGGUGGGGAGAGCGAGGGCACGAGAAGGGUUUGGGGAACGCCUGCUGCACAGAUGAGGGUUCUGGCUGCCCUUCUGAAUCUUCUUGGAAGCAUCUUCCCUCUCGCACCGGAGGCACAAGUGACUGUGGUGACGGGCAGUGGUGGUGGCAGUGGGUGGGGGCAAAGAGAGCAUGUGAGGAGGGAAGGUGAGAGGGCAGUGGGUGGUGGGCGGGUGACAAUGGCAGCGAGAGAGCUUCAGCAGGUGGCUGCCGUGCAGCUGGCUCGUGUGGCCACGCACCUGGCACGUACACUCACUGCUGCUCCACCUGCCAUGCCGCCACACCCGCCACCAUCUCCCACCACCCCGCACGUCCCCCUGCCUCUGCUGCAGCACGGCCUGGCCUCGCUGCGCCUUGCAGCCGUGGCGUGCCUCAAGCACCGCUUCGCCCACCCUCUGGCCUUCCACUCCCUCACCCUCGCCUGCCGUGCCCUGCUCGCCGCCGCCACUGCCCCCUCCGUGCACCCACCGAAGCGUCCCGUGGCAGCAGCAACACCACCAUCACAAUCGCCAGAAGCCGCGGCAGCAGCGGUGUCCAGCGUGGGGUGCGCCCUCUUGGACCUCCUCCUCGCACACUCUCGCACUCUGCCUCUCCUCCUCUCCCCCUCCGCUGGCCCCUCCGCCGCCCCCCUGCCUGCAGCGCUGGCCCACCAACUGCACAAGGACAGCAGCAGAGCUGUAUCGCUCCCAUCGCCCCUCUCCCUCAUCCCCUCUCCCCUCCUCCCCGAUCUCCCCCUCAUUGCCGCAUCCUGCCCGCCCUCUUCUGCUCGCAGUACUCGCAUACACGCCAGCUGGCGGGGGGCAGCGUGGCAGGUGCAAGAGGGGCAGAGAGUUGCAGACAGGGAGGAGUUGGGGGAGGAAGCGGAAGCAGGGGCAGGCGUGGAGGUGAAGGUGCGGGCCAGUGAGCUCCUGCACUCGUGCCUUCACUCCACCAUGCUGUGGCCGCUCGCACUGCCAUGCCAGGCACCAAGCCAUGCAGCGAGGGAGGGGAGAGAGGGUGGAGAGGAGGAGAGGCCUGAUGGGGAGGCAGGAAAGCAAAGGAAGAGGAAGAGGAAGAGGCGGAAGGGAGGAUCAGAGGGGGGUGAGGAAGGCGCGUGUGCAGGUGAGGGUGCAGCGCGGUUGGAAUUGCUGCGGCUGAUGACUGCCUUUCUGCGAAUGAGGCUGUGCCACGUGUCUGGCCGUGUGUGCUCAUCGGCGUGUGGGCGUGCUGUACAGUCGCUCUUUGCGCUGCUGCUCGCCCUCUACGGCGCCACCCUCAGCCCCACCGACCGCGCACUGCUCGCCCUCAUGCACCUCCUCACACGCCUUGCACGCCGCGACAUGCCACGUGCGGCAGCCCGCAUCGAGGGGGGGGACCAGCAAGCUGCGCAGGCAGCAGGGGGUGCUGAUGGGGCGAGCACGGUGGUUGCAGAGGAGUUCCUGGGUUUUGAGUGGUUUGACUAUCUUUGGGGCCAGGGGGCCGCAUCACGCUGGGAGUGGCAGCAGGGAAGGGGACGAGCACCAGCACAGGCAGGGGGUGAGGGCCAAGCAGAAGGUGCUGCACAAGAUGGCAGGGAGAUGGGGGUAGCGGGGGGGGAGGAGGUGGGUGGGAAUGGUGAUGGUGUGUUUGAGGGGCGCGAGCAGCGGCAGUGGCGGUUCUGGUGGGAGGAGGCGGCGGUGGACGCCACGCGCUGUGGGCUGCUCGUGCUCGCCUUCCCUGCCCUCCGCCACGCACACUUGGGGGGGGAUGCAGGCGAGCAGGGGCGAGACGGAGAGGGAGGGGGAGUGGAGGACGUGGAGCAAGAGGGUGAAAGGGUGAGUGAGUGGAUGGGGCACGAAAGCACGCACAUGUGCAUAUGCAGUGCGAGCUGCAUGGGAGGGGGGGGCGACCCUUGUGUGCGGCAGCAGGCUGGGCAGGGCCACCCUCUCCCCGGGUCAGCGGCGGGUCAGGACGUGGCGGUGCAGCAGGCAGCCUACGACCCCGCCUUCCUGCUCCCCUUCACCCUGCACGCCCUCUCCCGCCGCCUCCUCUCCCCGCGCAUGGCUGCCCGCUGCGGGCUCAUGGCGGCUGCCAUUGCCAGCCUGGCGUCGGCGCAGCACAGCAUGCGGCGCCUGGGCUACGCCACUCUCGCACUCUUUGCUGCUCUGCUCGAGGUAUGUGCGCUGCUGCAAGCCACUUUGGGCUCAAGUGGCGCUCUUCAGCUGAUGAUGCUGGCAUGCAUGCGAGAGGUGAAACAGUGA